GUUAGAUAAAAUAUGAUUAAAAAUAAAAUGGAGAAAAAUACAAGCUGCCAAUUGAUUGAAUGCCAAGCAGAUGGAGAUAUUGGUGAAGAAUGGCUAUCUCCAGUCUCACCUCCAGAUUGCUUGAACAACGCUGAAAACAGAGUUAAUUAUGUCUUAAUGAAAAACUCUAUUUCUAGAGCUAAGUCUAAGAAGACUAUCGGGCUCAGCCGGAGCAAUAUUAAGCUGGCAACAGUUGAGAGCACUAAGAGCGCAAAGAAAUUUGCUAAGAUAGAGAGAUCUUUCAGCAGACAGGAGCAGUUAAAUUUCUCAUGCACUGUUGAUCAAUCUCCGACCGAGAGGAUUCUCAAGCAGAUCAACAAUGGCUUAGGAAAAAGUGGCAGCAAAGCUUGUUUUGGAAAAUAUUUAGAAUAUCUAAGCUGUAGACCAGAGAAGAGAGCAACUUCAACCAAGAGGGAUCAGAAAGAAUUCUCUGUUGAGAGCUUGAAGGAGAAGUCAAACUUCAAUUAUAACAAGGUGAACUGGCACAACAGGAGCGAGUGCAAACUACCAACUAAUCUUCAUAAGAACAAGCAAAAGGACUUGAACAGGAAAAAGAGCAACAAGAGGAAAAACAACAAGCUAGGAAUGAUGAACUUCCAGAAGCAAGUUGAAGUUAACCUCGUGAAUGAGGCAUCAGAGAUCUCGAGUGAAGGCUCUAUUGUCAGGAAUAUUUAUAAGAAUAUUAUUGGUGGCCAUGGUGAAAAAGGUCAGAAAUUAAAGGAAAAUAAGGGUCCUAGCCCUAAGAGAUCUAAUUUUCAAAUCUUAAGUAAGCAACAAGGCAAGGAGAUAAGUUGAAAGAAAAAUACAGCAAAGAAGUCAAAACCUAAUCCUGGUCUUUUGAUGAAUUCUUCAGUGAGAGGAUCUAAUUUGUACAAUACAGCAGAUAAUAGGAUGAAUUCUCCAGGAAUGGCUUGGAAAUCGACCAAGAGAGAGGCUUCUAAAGAGGAGGAGAGGAUUAACAGAUACAUAAAAAGCAAGAAAAUGAAGUUCAAUACUAAGCUAAAAUAAGUCUAUUUCAAGGAAGCCAAGUGCAAAAUACAGUCAGGUUGAUAAACAGAGCUCUGUUGGGGCUCGACUUGAUAUGCUAAUGAUAAAAUCUCAACAAUUAUACGAGGCCUACGACUGUAUAGAAGGAGAGAAACUCCUUGAAAGAAUGAGUGAGAUGGAUUCUGUCUAUCACCAGCUACAAGAGAGUACUAAUUUACUCACUGAGUCGAACAAGAUGUCGUUCUUUUUGAUAAAUUUUCUGAAAGAUUUCGAACAAAAGCUUGUCUACAACCAGAAUUUAAAGAAAUCAAAUGUACUUGAAAUAAUCAAGAAGAUGCACAGUGAUUAUAGUUGUGGGAUCCUCAACUUUAACGUCGAAGAGUACCAGAAGAUUAUUGCUGAGAAUACGAAGAUGAUCACGAACCAUCAAGCUAAGGACAAUUUGAGGGAUCUUAAGGUGAAGCUAGACAACCUCUAUUGUGAGUUCCAAAAUCAUAAGAAUAUGGAAAACGAUGGGCUGAGAGAUCUAUCGACUAUCACAGGCAAGGAUAAUUCCAUUGUGAAUACUUCUAUUUCUGUGAAUAUGACAGGAAAUACUUCCGUACCUGAGGAUAAGAACUUUGUAUUUUCUUCAAAUCCUCAUCUGACAGGAUUAGGCGAAAUGCUGCUAGAUACAGAUUAUAUCAUGCAUACAGAGUCAAUGGAGGAUACCUCUCCAGCUCUUUCGGGGAAAAGUCUGCUGAGAACUUCUUAUAGUCAGCUGCAAUCAAAGGUUGGUAUUUUCGAGAAGAAUAUUGCUUCUCUGCUGAAAUCAGAGGCUCAGCUAAAGGGAGUCAUCAAUAGACUAAGAUCCGAGAGAGAUAGUUACAAAGACUUGCUGCAGAAGCAGAAGGGGUUUAAGGAACUCCAGCAAUCUAUUUCUAGCAUCAAUAGUGCUAUCCUCGCUCACCAGUCUAUUGGUGAGCUCAAGUUCAACCAUCAAAUCAUGCUCAAGAAUUUGAUUGAUGAUGAUUUGAGAAAGAGACUUAAGAUCAAAGAAAGCAAUUAGAAAUAACCAGAAUUUUUAAUUCAAAUUUUACAAGGAUUUGCCUUAUUUUUCUAAGAAUAAGCUUCAAACCAC